CUGCGUUAUCGCAGCGGAGGUCCGGUCGACCUCGGCUACGGGCUCGGGACCGCGCCGCCGCUCAUCCUGCGGCGCGGCGACCGCCUGGACCUGAUGGUCGGCACCGACAUCUGGACGAUGGGCGGCCGGGACGACCGCGGGCUGCCGUGCUACGGACCGCCCGCCAACGCCGCGAUCGACGAGAACCUGGGAUGGUCGUCGGUGGAGCGGCGCGGGCAGCGGCGGGUGGCCGCGCUCAGGACCGCGGACGACGGCACGCCGCUGGAGUUGUGGUCGUUCGCCAGCGGCGACCUGCGCCGCUAUCGCGUGUCGUACGACGCAGCCUGGACCUUCCGGCCGGCCGGGAGCGCAUCGUUUCCCGCGCCCGAGGCCAGCAAGGGACUCGGCACGGUGCAGCUUCUUUCCGAGGGCGGCAGCACGACGGCUCCGCAUCUGCUCCUCGGAGACAACGACUGGAGGCAGACGCAACCCGUGCCCGCGCAGUGGAACCCGGACCUGCCGUUCCCGGAGGACCUGCGCGUCCGCUAUCUCGACGGCGUCUGGAGGGGACGAGACGUGACGGGCCGGGUCUACGUUGCCCGCAACGAGGGCGGGCCUGAUCCGCGCUACCAUCGACUGCAGACGGUCCACGCCGGCGACCCGGCAUCGCCCGUGCUCGUGGACGGCCGCGCGUCCCCGCUGCUGGUACGACCCUUCGCCGACGGGGAAACGCAUCUGUUCGUGGCCGACUUCCGCGGCGGUCUGUACGACUACCUGCUCGACGCGGCGGCGGUGGCAGCACAGGGGCCGCAUCGGCGCGUACGACCUGACCGCAACGGGUACCCGGAUCUGCUCUGCACGAUGGAGGACGGCUACCUCUACGUGGCCGUCAACGACGGCGUCGCGUUCGCCCAGCCGGUCCGGCUGCGGCAGGAGCGCGACGUCAUCAAGGCCGGCGUCCUGGCCGUCCCCACACCGGUGCGCUCGUCGACGGGCCGCCUGGACCUGUACUGCGGCAACGCCAGCGGCGAGAUCCUCCACCUCCGCGACACCGCCACGGACGGCGCUCCGGAAUUCGCACCGCCGACCGUCAUCACGGCCGGCGGCAAGCCGUUUCGGCUCGUGGCCGGUCCCUCAGGCUCGGUGCAGGGGCCGGAGGAGCUGACCUGGGGGUACGUGGGCCCGACGGCGGCCGAGUGGUCGCAGCCGGGGGUGCCGGAUCUGAUCCUGGGCUGCAUCACCGGCCAGUACUGGCUGCUUCCGGGGAAGCGAGGCGAGGCCGGGCUGCAGUGGCGUGAACCGGUGGCGAUGACCUGCGAGGGCCGACCGUUCGUGGGCACGUGGCGCGUGCGUCCCAGCGUGGCCGACUGGAACGGCGACGGAGCGCCGGAGCUGCUCACCCUGGACGAGCAUGGGCGGUCCGCCCGCUCGGCCGGGUGCCCGCCGAGUCCGGCGACCCGCUGUACAUCGGCGGUCCCAACCGCGUUCCCGGAGUUCACCUUCAUCGGCCGUUCGAAGCUGUUCGCGUACGACUGGGACGGCGACGGACUCCUGGAGCUGCUGAUCGGCACGCACUGCAAGCUCCUCCCCACCCACCGCGAGCUCUACCGGCUCACGCAGGAAGCGAACAUCGGCGCCGGCGUGGUCCUGAUCGACAACACCGGCACCCCCGAAGCGCCGGUGUGGGGACCGGCCUCGGCGGUGGUCGACAAGACGGGCGCCCGCUGCUGUUCGGAUGCCACAGUUUGCGCGCCGAUCGUCGUCGACUGGAACGGCUCCCCGACCAUGAUCGUCGGGGACCGAGGACGGCUUCCUGCACCGCUACGACAUGGCCGAGCUGGGUCUGUCCCGCGACAUCGUACCGCCGCUUGA